AUGGUCUUCUCCGAAGAAGCAGAAGAGUUUCUGAUGCCUAGAACCCCAGCGAGCACCGACCCCGCCUUCGAGACCUUCGACGGGUCCGACUGGAACCCUGACGAGUUCCUCGCGAGUCUCCAGGAGACGGCGGUGAACGAGAUCCUCUGGUCGAACCGCCAGGCCCGGCUGAAGACACCUCCUCUUCGCCGACCAAAGAUGUCCCGGACGAAGAAGAUUAUUUCCGGCGCGGUGCUCGCUGGGGUUUUCCUCAGCAGCAGUUACUUCUGCUACAAAAUUUUAUUUUAA